GGAAAUUAUCGCUUUAUGAAACUCUUACUUACUCGCAGAGCAAACUGGAUGCAGAAGGACCUAGAAGAGAUGACGCCUUUGCACCUGAGCACCCGGCACAGGAGCCCCAAGUGUCUAGCUCUACUGCUGAAGUUUAUGGCCCCUGGGGAAGUAGAUACACAGGACAAAAACAAGCAAACAGCUCUGCACUGGAGUGCCUACUACAACAACCCCGAGCACGCAAAGCUGCUCAUCAAGCACGACUCCAACAUCGGCAUUCCUGACGUGGAAGGCAAGAUCCCACUCCACUGGGCAGCCAACCAUAAAGACCCGAGUGCCGUGCACACAGUGAGAUGCAUCCUG